ACUUCACAAGGGAAGAGCCUGCUGUCUCCAAAUGCCAAGUAUCUACAGUGACACUGUUAAAGGGAGGGAGAGGACCGGAGCUGAGCAGUGAGCAAUGUUUCAGUACAUGUGAGAUACAGAGCAGGAUAUGCAGCAGAACAAGAUCAGGUGGCAGACAUACUAAGAAAGUGAGACACAUGGAAGAAAAGAGACAGCCAGAAUAAUUUGAGUGGAUUAGAUUUUUUUAGGUCUGGACUGGACCCAGAAGACUUCAUACUCAUUAAAUCUGGGAUAGCUGUGAUCAAGCUGUGGGUCUAUUUUGGGGUGACUUUUGGGCUUCAAUGAUCCCAUUUUUGCCAUUUCUGAUUUGCUUGUGAUCUUCUGGAAACUGAUCGGGCAGUAUCUGUAGACUAACAAACUCCCCUGGACUUGUGAUCCUUUUCCAUUUUUCCUGGAGAAAGAACUCCUGCAGAAACAUGGAGGUGCUGUUUGCCCAUCUGCUUCUCUGCCUCAGGAGGACAGAGUGGCUCUACUCAUAACAGCACAGCCGCCGAAGAAAAAACAUGCAACAAUUUGGAUAGAAAACUGGGAAAUUUGGAAGAAAAGGAAAGCUGUAAAUCACCAUUCAGAAGAUUCACACACAUAAAAGGAGUCUUCAUCUGAAACUUUGUGCUGGACAGCUCUGAGCGCCUCUGUGAACCUGGUGGUUUUUUAUGAGCCAGGCUGAUAACGUGAAGCCCUGUGGCUGAGUUCCACUGAGGCAUGAGUGUGGGAAGGGACCACCACCACAGCUUUCUGCCUUGUGAAGAAGAAGGCCUCAGACUGAAUACCAUGCCUGCUGUGGGCAGCUUUGGCAAUGGCAAGAUCCACACGAGACGCAAAUACCGCAGCCGGUUUGUCAGCAAAGGAGGCCAGUGCAACAUCCACUUCACAAACAUGGAUGAGAAGCCACAGCGCUAUAUUUCUGAUAUUUUUACAACCUGUGUGGACAUUCGUUGGCGGUACAUGUUCCUGCUUUUCAGCCUGGUGUUUGUGGUAUCCUGGCUGACGUUUGGCUUUGGGUUCUGGAUCAUCGGUCUCCUGCAUGGAGAUAUGGGCAAAUCGGAAAGUGAUGACAGUUUUGUUCCUUGUGUCACCAAAGUCAACACUUUCGUGGCGGCUUUCCUUUUCUCCAUUGAGACCCAAACAACCAUCGGAUAUGGAGCUCGCUGUGUGACGGAGGAAUGCCCAGCAGCUGUGUUCAUGGUGGUUUUUCAGUCGAUCAUGGGCUGCAUAAUUGAUGCCUUCAUGAUCGGCGCCAUCAUGGCUAAGAUGGCGAGGCCUAAGAAGCGUGCAGAGACACUUCUGUUCAGCCAAAAUGCAGUAAUUGCUAUGCGUGAUGGUAAGAUGUGUCUCAUGUUCAGGGUUGCUAAUCUGAGAAAGAGCCACAUUGUGGAAGCUCAUGUUCGAGCCCAGUUGGUAAAGCCUCGCUACACAGAGGAGGGUGAGUACAUCCCCCUGGAUCAGAUUGACAUGAACGUGGGCUACGACAAAGGCUUAGAUCGCCUUUUCUUGGUUGCUCCCCUCACUGUCAUUCAUGAGAUUGAUGAGGAAAGCCCACUGUUUGGCAUCAGUAAGCAGGAACUCGAAGCAUCCGACUUUGAGAUCGUCAUCAUCCUGGAAGGAUUGGUGGAGGCAACAGCCAUGACCACACAGGCACGCACCUCUUAUCUGGUCUCCGAGAUCCUGUGGGGUCACCGGUUUGAGUCUGUCAUCUUUGAGGAGAAGAACCAGUACAGGAUAGACUACGCCUAUUUUCAUAAAACAUUUGAAGUUCCCUCCACCCCAACCUGCAGCGUCAAAGACAUGGAGGAGAGGAAAUUCCUCACAACUGGUGCCAACUCUUUCUGCUACGAAAACGAGCUGGCCUUCAUCAGCAGGGAUGAGGAGGAAGAAAGAAACACAAAGAAAGAACCGGAAAGGAGGUGUUCGUCUCCCACAGAACCAGAUCAAUCGUCUCCCCGUAGAGAAUCUGAGAUAUAACCCUGAUCUGAUCUGAUCGCUGCAUCUCUGUAUAUGAACGGAGGAUAUGUGGACCGUCCUGUGACUGUCAGUGCUGAUACGAGGAUGCCACUGUGGACACCAAAACUCCAUUAAAGAGGGAUUAAAGUAAUUGGAACUUCAACUGAGAAACAGUUUUCCUCGUCUGAGUCAGAUGUUGUUCUUUCCCAGAGACAAGCAAAGCUUCCUGUUAAAACUGUAGAUGAAGUACCUGAAAAUAAGACAGCCAAAUGUAAAUACUUGUUGAGAAACUUCAGGCAAAACAAUUGUGCAGAAUUCAUUUAUCAAUGAUAUUUCCAAGAGCUUCUCUGUUUUAAAGUGCACAACAAGACUUCACACAUUUGGCAUUGUAAAUUGCCACACAUUGGAAAAUACCAAUUGUCAAGUUUUAUAAAGAAUAGAAAUGCAACACCUGUUGAGGUUUUGUACGUGUUAGCUCUUUCUGCACUUAGUUCCUCAUAAUGCAAAGCCCACAUCAUGCUGUUUAUCCUGAUAACAGAGGCAAAUUUGUCAUUUAAAAUGGUAUUUUCUGGAAAAAGAAAAAACAGAGUAUUUUUUCUGACUGUUUUCAUUUGCUUUCCCUGUUGUCAUGUGAGUUAAUUUACUUGGUUUAAAAAACAACACCAAGAAGAUUCGAGAUUGAUUUUUAGUAAAACCUCCUUUAUUUUUACUUAGUGAUCAAAAAUGUUAGAGUGGGAAACCAGAACAUAAAUAUUGUGCUGUACACUUCCUCAGCACAGUGACCAUGCACUGGAUCAAAAUCCUAUACAUAAAAUCAAAAUUUAGCUCAGCUUCACAAAAGGAGGGAAAUCAAAACCUCUAUAAAAUCUAUAUUUUUGGGAUAUCAUUUUCUCUAUUUUGUUUUGGAGCUUUUGUGUGACAUGUUUCAAUUCUUGGAAUCGUGACUGUUUCUUUCAUCCUAAUCUGGGAAGCAGAUGCUGAGAUAUGAACUAAUUUAAUAAGCUAACGAUGUGGCUAAUAUUGUCCUCUGAUAUGACGUUAUCCGGCACACAACAAGGAAAAACUACAGAGGCUGACGGUAGACCUGGAGUGGGUUGAACUGUCUGUGGGAGGUCGGUUGGCCUUAGAGGUACAUUGUUUCUGUCCCUUUUAGACCAAAGAACUAAUUUUUAGCAAUAUUCAAAUUUUACUUUUCACUUUUUUAAAAAGAGGGGGGGGGGGAACAGGGGAAAUCACACAAUAAAAAGUAAUGCAAGGAAAAACGGUAGGAUAAAAAAAAAAGAAAAAAAAGACAAAAUCAAACAGAGAAGGAUUACCCAACUCUGAAAGGACAAAUAAAAGACAAAAGAAAUUGAAAAGGUCCAGCAAAAAUUGGAGGAGACCGAUGAUCUGGGGAAAUACAGAUGUGGAGUAAUCAAUUCAUUGAGCACAGGUGUGGAGGAAAAUAAAAGGAGAAAAGUGCGGCAGGUGAGCUAUGAAAAUGAGCCAAGUAACACAGAGGGAAAACAGGGUUGGAAGAGCUGUUCUAUCGCUCACAUAUCUGUGUUUGCACUUUUUCAUCAGGAUAUAAACAAACUGCAAGUAUAAAGCAUUAAGUUUCUGAGCAGGAGGCUCUCUGGGGUCUAAGGCCGUGUCCAAAUUCCUUCACUAAUCACUACAUAGUGCACUAUAUAGUGUGUUUACCAUUUUGUAAAGCUGUCUGAAUCUAUAAUUCCCAAAUUUUCCAGAAGUCUCUGCGAAAAACCAGUGUGCAUUGAUGCUCACUAGAUUGGUAAAUAUAGAAUAAAAUGCAUUGCAUUUGAUUUUUUUUUCUGCAAAAAAUUGUAUUUAAAUGUAUUUCUUUUAUAAACCAUCAAAAUUUUCAUUUUCAGAACACAGUGGAUUCAUAAAUGGUAGUCACAAAACGCUCAAAGCAUUUUCAUUUCGUGAAAUCGAUGAUGUCAUAUUCACGGUUUUAAAAAAAAAAGUAGCAAGCAUGGUGUCCAAAUUGCUUUUAAAAUCCAGAGCGCUACAUAGUCCCACGCUAUAUAGUUUUUUGGGUUUAGGGUGGGAAUUCAGACAUAGCCCAAGUCUACAAAAUAAAAAUAAAAAGAGUUGAGACAAGUUACAAUUCCUGUGAUUGCAAAAGGAAAGUUUUCAGUACUUCUAAACACAAUAAGAUUGUCGUUAAAUUGUGCACACUUAGAUAUUAAAAGAAAAGCAAAUGUUUUACAGAUUUACAUGCAACACUGAAGCUAUGUUUACAUCGCCCUCUGUAACAUGCGUUUAAGAGAAUCUUCCUAAGAAAAUGUACUGCAGAUGCACGUAAAAGCAUAUUUAUUUAUUCAAAUUCUCAUGUUCACAUGUAACUCUGUAAGUUUUACAAUCAUUUUUGGGCUCUACGUUCAAAACGCGCAGCCAUUGCCAGUUGAACCUGGUCAAACUUUGUUUGAUCAGGGACUUAGAUUCGGUAGUUAAUCUUAAAAUCAAAAAGUUCCAGUUAAAGGGAUCGCAUCAGGUUUUCUACGAGUGAAUCAUAAAACAGGAUUUUAAAAGGUGGACAUUGUUGCAUUGUUAUAAACUCAUGAUACAGAAAUGACACAUAGAAACUUUAACUUAUGUCUAAAGUUAAAAAUGAAAUAAUAAAAAAGAAAGAAACAUAUUAAGGAAAACAAAGUAGUAUACACAGUUACAAAAUAAGACCUCAUGUGUCCCACUUUAACCCCCACCAGCACCCCUGGAAAUCAUAUAAAUGCUUUUAUAUUCUAUACAAGUAUAUGUUGCCCUUUUCUUUCUUUUUGUGGCAAAAAUAUGAUAUUUUAUUUGUAUUAAUGUUGAUAGAUAGGCAAUAGAGAUAGUAGCCCAGACUGUGCAUUUCUCGUAUCAUGUGUGAGACAAAUUAGUUUUCCUUCCAAAGUAAAAGCUUUAUGUGGGUUAAGUUUGUGCACCUGACUGCUCUUUCAGCAGAUUUGAACGGAUUUGUAUAUCUACUGCUGACUUGUGCUGAAAAUAGGAAAACAGUUUUACUCUGAAACUGUUUGUUGGUUGGCUGUUGUUUUCAUUGAGGUUAAAAACUUUGUGCAAACAAAAAUGGAAAAGACCUUUUUUGCUGUUUUUCAUAAUGCAUAUAAAUGGUUCACCAUCUUUCACUACUGACGAGCAAAAAUUACCACUGUAUCCCAGGAAAAAACAAACAACUUCAAGUAUAUUUUCUGCGUUUAAGAUACUGAAAGGGUGUUUAAAGGACUAUAUUACCUUUCUUUCCUGUCUACUGUCUUCCACUAAAUACAUUUGAUGCAAAUUCAGCUUCAUCACCUUGUUCUCUUUUAUUUAACGUGAGAAAACCAUUUAAAGUAACAAAAAUACUGCAAUAAAACAUGUUUGACUAUGU